AUGAACUUCCAAGCACCAUUUGAACAACCGUUAUUUGAUCAAGCUAUUAUUAGGGGCGAGACAGGAGAGUAUAUUGAAGAGGAUAGGACCAAGAAUGCUGGUGUUGCAUUUCAUAACCCGUUUGAUGUCAACUCGUACCCGAUUACUAAUCCUCCGAUAUUUGAUUCGACCAUGACAGUUCCGUAUACUACAGAUGGGGUUCCGCGUCGAAGAAGGAUCUCGAUAUCGAAUGGACAGAUAGGCCAGAUUGUGAGCCAUGAGGCGUACUUUGCUGAGGAUUCGUCGUUGGAUGUGCCACCAGAAUUUGAGAGCAGACCACAGACGUCGGUUAUUGAGCUGGUGGUUGAGCCGCCAGCAAUGCCCACCGAAAUUGCUGGGGUUCCGCCGCCAAACCAUCAGUUGAUCUACAAUAAUGAAGUCAUUUAUAAUCCUGAGAAUGGGCCUAUACCCGGUACAGCCGCAUGGAAGAAGGAGCGGUUAUUGGAGAGGAAUAGGAUAGCUGCGUCCAAGUGUAGACAGCGGAAGAAGCAGGAGCAAGUACAGCUCCAGAACAAUAUUGCCAAGAUGGAGAAAGAGUUGAAGAAGAAGGAUGCGAGGAUUGAUGAGUUGGAGUAUACAGUGGAAUUACUAAAAGCAAGUAUAAAAAGCUGUAUAGAAGAUGGCAACACCGAGAGGUUGAAACAGUUUAUUUAG